AUGGCUAAUAGUAAAAAAUAUACAGCAAGUAAAAAGGGUGGUACAAUGGCUCUAAUUUGCAUUAUUUAUGGCCUUUGGGGCGUUAUUUAUAGCUUGCCAGUACCAUUUUUCCCUCGUGAGGCGGUUAAAUGCGGCUUAAGUGUAUUAGAAAUUGGCGUCAUUUUUGCUAUGAGUCCUGCAGCUGUAUUUGUCUGCUCACCUUUAUGUGCAAUCCUGUUGCCAUCUAUUGGUUCGAAGUACAUGUUUUGGGCAGGAAUGACCAUAGAAGGAGGUUGCACUAUUCUCUUUGGAACUUUAACCCUCAUGGAUGACAGAAUAUCUUUUUUGGUCUUUGCAUUACUUAUUCGAUUCACUCAAGGCAUCGGAGGGGCCAUACAAGGCGUCGCCAUUGAAUCAACAGUUAUCGUUUUGUAUCGCGAUCGUAUCGCUUCGGCCAAGGCUGGUGGAUACGCUAUGCCAUUUCUUGUUAUAGGUAGCAUUGUGAUUUUAACUGCUCCUAUAGCAACUUACACCUUGCCACAAGUUGCCGACGCCAAUGUUGCACCAUGGAAAUCAAUGAUUAAGUUAUCUAAAAGUUUUUACAUUAUCUUACUAUGUUUUGGCAUAUUUAUUCAAGUAGCGUCUCAAACUUUUAUCGAAACUAAUUAUUCGAUUCGUUUAACAAUCUUUCAUAUGGAUGUUGUAAAAUCAGCGGCAAUAAUACUAAUAUCAGCAACUUCUUAUGCAGUAAUUGGUAUUACAGUUGGAUUUGCGUCUGAUUAUUUCGGCUAUAAAAAAUUUAUUUUGUCGGGAUUUUUCCUAAUUGCAAUAGCAUUACAAAUGAUGGGAUCUUUUCCAUAUUUCAAGAUUAAGCCCACUUUAUGGCAUUUUAUGGUCGGUAGCGCUUUAUAUGGCGUCGGUGCUGGUGCAGUAAUGAUGCCAAUGAGUGCUGAGAUGGUUCGAUAUGCAAGUGAAAAUGAUAUUGGCGAUAACCUAGGUGUUUAUUCUUCGGUAGCCGGAUUGUUCAAAGUCUUCCAGUCACUGGGAACGAUCUGUGGUCCAAGUGUUGGGUCUUCUCUAACUUCUGUAACUUCCAUAGGAUUUUCAUGGACAAGCUCUAUAUUCGGUUUUCUGGCGCUUUUGCAGACACUGAUCCAGUUGAAAGAGCACUUAAAAAUGAGAUCUUUACCAUAUAGAACUAAAGUGAUAGAUAAUUGUGGAACCUACGAAAAGUUAUCCAGCAUAGAGGAAGUACAGGAAGAACAUGUAUCAAAAGACGGUGAAAACCACACGAUACAAUCAAAAGAUAUCGUCUACGAUAAUACAGAGACUGGUGCACAAGUAUUAGAAUGUGACGAUAGACAAAAGAAAAUUUCCGACAGCACUAAGCUGUAG